AUGCAGUCUAAGAGUAUUCUCAGCUGGUUAGUGCUACUGACCCUAGCUACUGUUACCAGGAGUGAGCACUAUCACAUUGUGCCAGUGGAUUCAACCGACUUGUGUGAUGAAUAUCGAAAUGGAACUUGUUUCGCUCUCGAGCAGCUUGUUCAAACAGACCUAUUAUCCGCUGGUGGAGACAAUCUCACCUUGAGCUUUCUACCUGGAGAUCAUGUUUUAACUGAGCAGUUAUUGAUUCGUAACGUUAGACAUGUGCAUUUAACUGGCCAGAACACAAGUACAACUGCAGUUGGAUUCCAUGGUACAAUGCGUUUUGAUAGUACUGCUAAAUUAAAUAUUGAACACUUGGGUUUUGUUGGAGCGAAUGUUGGACCACAAAACUUUGAUCAAAGUUUAUUCAUUGAUGGUGCCCAUGAUAUCUAUAUCAACAACUGCUACUUUAUGGACUUCAAUCAGGUAGAAACCCACAUACUUAAGAUUGUUAAUGCUCAAACUGCGACAAUUGAGAGCACUUUCUUUAUGAACAACACUGGUUGGGCACUGCAAGUUGAGGCUGAGGAUGUGUACAUAACAGAUAGUGAGUUCACUAGAAACGAUGGAGGUGCAGUUGACAUUGAAUCAAACAACUUUCUGAUCAACAACACAGAGUUCAACUACAACAGUGCUGAGAGUGGAGGAGCAGUAAAAGUGGUAUCUGGUACUGUAGUGAUCACUUGGUGUAACUUCACAAAUAACAAAGCUUCUUGGAGUGGUGGAGCGAUUUAUGCUGCUGGCUCAGGCAGUGUGUCCAUCUUCGACAGUAGGCUGACAAACAACAGAGCUAGCUAUGGUGGAGUGAUUUAUGUUGACUCAGGCAGUGUUUCUAUCUCUGACAGUGAGCUGACAAAUAAUAGAGCUGACAGAGGGUGCGGUGGAGCGAUUAAUGCUGGCUCAGGCAGUAGUGUGUCUAUCUCCGACAGUACGCUGACAAACAACAGAGCUCUCUAUGGUGGAGCAAUUUAUGUUACUUUAUGUAGUUUGUUUAUCUCUAACAGUGAGCUGACAAUUAAUAGGGCUGGCUGGAGUGGUGGAGCAAUUGCUGCCUCAGGCAGUUUUUUGUCCAUCUCUGACAAUACGCUGACAAACAACACAGCUAACUAUGGUGGAGCGAUUUAUGUUGAAUCAAGCAGUGUGUCUAUCUCUGACAGUGGGCUGACAAACAACAGAGCCGACGGGACUGGUGGAGCGAUUAAUCUACUCACAGGCCGUGUAUCCAUUUCUGACAGCACAUUGACAAACAACAGAGCUGAAAAUGCUGGAGUGAUUAGUGUUACGUUAGGCAAUGUGUCCAUCUCCGACAGUACUCUCACAAACAACAGAGCUGAUGAGGUUGGAUCCGGAGCAAUUGACGUUUUGGAAUUCUCCACCUUGAUCAUACACAACACUGUCAUCAGUAAUAACAUAGAUAGUUUGAACAUUCAACAAUCAAAUGUGAUAUUCACGGGAAUAAAUAUUGUCAGAAAUAACAAUGGUCCCAUCAAUGCUUUCAAUAGUCGAAUGGAGUUUAAUGGACCUACAACACUCAGUAACAAUCGUGGUGUGUUUGGCGGAGCCAUAAACGCUGACCAGAGUCACAUAUACAUUAACAUAAAUAAUGGAAUGAUCAUCAGCAACAACACGGCUACCUACGGAGGAGGGAUAUUUCUGAGAGAGAGUACAAUCUUUGUAAAUGAGACAAUACAGAUCUAUCAAAACACAGCACACCAGGACGGUGGAGGCAUUUAUGCUUAUUCUAGCAGAGUUGAGUUCCAAUCAUUAGUGGUAAGUGAUUUUCCUCCAAAUAAAGAAAGUGAGAUUGCUCACAACAUUGCUGAGAAUGGUGGAGGUAUUUAUGCAGUAGCUACUACUAUUGAACUAAGUCGAUCACACGUUAACAUCGACUCAAACACAGCAACCACUAGUGGAGGUGGAGUGUACCUACAGCAAAGUUCAAAACUGUACCUAUUUAAAAAGAAACCUGAAUAUCAAUCAUAUUAUGUCAGGUUAGUGAUUAACAACAACUCGGCCGAGUAUGGAGGAGGGAUAUUUGUGGCAGAUGACACCGAGAGUGGUGCCUGCAGAGUAGGGGCCACAAAAAAUGAUGCUACUAAAAUCAUUUUUGCGGACUGCUUCAUUCAAACAAUUAGAUUACAUUCGGCCAAGAGCAUUAAUCAAAACUAUUUCAAUACAUUCAUGACUAAUAACACAGCUACCCAGUCAGGAGCAGACAUCUACGGAGGUCUGUUGGACAGGUGUAUAGCAAGUAAAAACGCUGAAUAUAACAUUUCUUUGAAUGGAUUGGACUAUAUUAGAAAUACCAUAGAAGUCUCCACCGAACCACCAUCAAUCUCUUCUAGGCCUGUUCGAGUAGUUGUUUGUAACAAUUCACAUAUUUCUACAAGAAAGGGACACGCAUUUAAGAUCCGAGUUAUGGCUGUUGACGAAGUUGGAAAUGCAGUGAAUGCCAAAAUUCAUAGUUCAGUUGUCAGUGAGAGUGGAGUUGGUCGUCUCAAAGAAGGACAGGCUGAACAAACAGUUGGCAAUCAGUGCACAGAAUUAGAGUACAAUGUGUUCUCAAACGAAAGCUCCACUCAGAUGGAACUCUAUGCCGAGGGUCCAUGCAUCAAUUUGGGAAUUUCAAGAAAACUUGUUAAUAUAUAUUUUCAACCCUGCACAUGCCCUAUUGGACUCAAGCCGAUUAUGUCCCAUAUUGAGUGCAAGUGUGACUGUGAUCCAGACUUGCAAACAGAAGAAUAUCAGAUAACAAAUUGUUCUGAGGAGAAUGAAACCAUAAAGCUGGAAAGUAAUAACAACAUAUGGAUAGAAUUCAUAAAUACUACCAAAAAAACAGGGUAUGUUGUUAGUAACUGUGCAUUUGACUAUUGUGUAGAAAAACCAGUUCACAUCAGUCUAAGCAACCCUGACGAACAGUGUGCAUACAAUCGAAGUGGUGUCUUGUGUGGAGAAUGUGAACCAGGACUGAGUCUUGUACUGGCUACGUCAAACUGUAAAGAAUGCUCUAAUCUUUACCUUCUUUUACUAAUCCCAUUUGCAUUGGCAGGUAUAUUGCUAGUUGCUUUAAUUCUCGUGCUCAACAUCACUAUAGCAACUGGAAACAUUCAUGGCCUUAUUUUUUACGCCAACAUAGUAGCUGCUAAUAGAGCAAUUUUCUCUCCUAGUUUAAACAACUUUUUAACCAUUUUUGUAUCAUGGGUGAAUCUUGACUUAGGAAUCGACACGUGCUUUUACGAUGAAAUGAACUCUCAAGCAAAAGCGCUUCUUCAACUUAUCUUUCCCGCUUACUUGUUUUUUCUAAUCUUCUUAAUAAUCAUUUUGAGCAAGUACUUUGACUCAUUUGCAAAGCUCCUCUCCAACAGGAACCCAGUUGCUGCCCUAGGAACACUCGUCCUACUCUCUUAUUCAAAAUUCUUACGUUUCAUUGUUGCUGCGCUACAAUUCACAUACUUACAUUAUCCUGAUGGUUCAAUCAAGAUUGUUUGGUUGUUUGAUGGUAAUGUGCAAUACUUCACUCCCACUCACAUCCCUCAGUUUGUUGCUGCUAUCAUAAUCCUCAUUGCUGGUGGAUUGUUCACUGUACUGCUUUUUUUUGGACAAUGGCUUCCGCAGUGUUCAAAGGUUAUGAUAUGGACUAAGAACACAAAAUACAUUGGCUUCAUGGAUGCAUACCAUGCUCCAUUCACUCCCAAGCAUCGCUAUUGGGUGGGACUGCUCCUGUUUGCUCUGAUUGCUCAUAAUCUAGUAGCUGCCAUGGCUACAGACACUUCUCUCCCUGUACUAUCUGCUGGGUGUAUUGCAUUCGGACUAAUAUCAUUGAACAACCUAGUGUACAAAAAGCAAUUUAAUAAAUAUCUAGAAACAUUUUUUCUGCUUAAUCUCGGCAUUCUAUCUAUUAGCACUUCCUAUGUUGUUGAAACACACCAACAGCAAGAAACACUGACCAUUGUUUCAAUGUCUAUAGCUUUCAUCCUUUUUGUGACAAUCAUCAGCUACCAUUUCCACCAUUUCGUACUAAAGAAGACCAAAGUAUGGCUCAAGAUAAAGGAAGUUGUUAAGGAUAUCGAAACAAAAUUACGAGCAGGUGUUGCAGACAAGAGACUCCGACAAGCUAACAAUGGUCGGGUAAUGUAUCAGCUGGUAGUCGAUGAAAACGAUGACGAUGAAUUACUUGAAGUAUUAGACGAUUAUGAACAAAGAGACCCCGUAGACCCACCUUACACGAAUGGAGCUGCUGUGGAAAAAGCUGACCCUGAUCGCUACAUAACUCCUCCCAAUAUCAUACUAGCCACGAGGCCGGAUCAGCUGAGACUAUCCUACAUGGAUGAACUAUCCCCCCUCACCACAGAGGACUACAGACCAGCCCCUCCCCCUCUAAGAGUCAAUCUUCGUUCUAUUGUUACACACACAGAAAUCGACCUCAUACACAAUCAAGUAUGAACUGUCUUAUUUAGCUAGGUAGACCAUAAGUAAUGCAAUCUUA